UGUAAAACGGAACGUAUAGGCUUCAUAAUUUUCUUUUCAUAAUAAUUUCAUUCAAGUCUGUUCUUGUUUCAUUGACGUUUUUCUUGUUUGUAAAUAAUAAAUGCUGGAAAUAGUACGCAAUGUGAAUUUACACGCAUUCCUUUAUCGAGUGUUUAUUACGUAAACGUUAGCAAUUGAUGUGUAAAUAACUGAAGGCAGUUUUAUCAUAACCUGUUGUUUUGAUAUUCUGCUGCUCAUUGAAGCUAUGAGAAUAUAAUGCCGCCGUUCAGAAGGAAGAAAGCGUCGAAAUCGUUCCCCGUUAAAGUGUGUACAUUAGAUGCCGAGCUUGAGUUCAACCUUGAGUGGCGUGCAACUGGUCGUGACCUGUUUGAUCUAGUAUGCAGAACUAUAGGCCUGAGGGAGACAUGGUUCUUUGGACUACAGUUCGAAGACACAAAACACUUUAUAAGUUGGCUGAAAUUGGAUAAAAGAGUACAAGACCAAUGUGUCUCCCAAAUGCCGGGCACCCCCUUCAUGCUGCUCUGCAAGCUGUACCCUGAGGAUGUGGCUGAGGAACUCAUCCAAGAGGUGACACAGCACCUCCUGUUCCUGCAAGUGAAGCAAGCAAUACUCAGCAUGGACAUAUAUUGCCCACCAGAGGCCUCCGUACUCCUGGCCAGUUACGCUGUGCAGGCUAAGGUAUUUUUUUACGGGGACUACGAUGAGAACGCUUACAAGCCCGGAAUGCUGGCCAGCGAGGAUCUACUGCCGCAGCGGGUCAUCGACCAGUACCAGAUGACGCCUGAGAUGUGGGAGGACCGCAUUAAAAUAUGGUAUGCUGAUCACAAAGGCAUGUCGCGGGAUGAAGCAGAAAUGGAAUAUCUCAAGAUAGCACAGGACUUGGAUAUGUACGGCGUUAAUUACUUUGCAAUAAACAACAAAAAAGACACUGACCUAUAUUUAGGGGUGACGGCGCUCGGUCUCAAUAUAUACGAGAAGGACAACAAACUGACGCCCAAGACGACGUUCCCAUGGUCGGAGAUCAAGCACAUAUCGUUCGAUGACAAGAAGUUUGUCAUAAAAUUCGUGGAGAAAACCGUCACAAACUUUAUAUUUUUUUCGCCUAAAGGGAUGAAUAAAUUGAUACUGGAUCUGUGCAUCGGAAACCACGACCUGUACAUGAGGAGACGCAAGCCGGACACCAUGGAAGUGCAGCAGAUGAAGGCGCAGGCCAAGGAGGAGAAACAGAGACGGCAGGUGGAGCGCAACAAGUUAGCUCGAGAGAAGCAACUGCGAGAAGCAGCCGAGCGAGAGCGCGCUGCCAUGGAACAGCGGCUGCUGCAGUACCAGGAGGAGAUCCGUCUCGCCAACGAUGCGCUUCGUCGGUCGGAGGAGACGGCGGAGCUGCUGGCGGAGAAGGGCCGCAUGGCGGAGGAGGAGGCCUCGCUGCUGGCGCAGAAGGCCACCGACGCAGAGCGGGAGAACGCGCGGCUGCGGCUCACGGCCAUCCGCACAGAGGAAGAGAAGGUACACUUAGAGCGGAAAACUCGAGAGGCUGAGUUCCUAACAGCUCGGCUGGUGGAGGAAUCAGAGAAGAGAGCUGCUGAGGCUGAGAGGCUCAAGGCGGAGCUGGUGGCCGCCAGGGUGGCUGAGAAGCAGGCUAAGGAGAAAUUGCUUAAUUUCUUGAGCAGGACUUCAAAUGGUUCCUUACCACCGUCGUCAACAGUACCCUCGAGUUUAUUCCCAUCAACGUGUUCCCUGCCAGCGGAGUUGGGGGGCGAAGUCCUGCAGAAUGGCAAUUCAGUGCCCUCAGAGACCGAGCUCAACUCGUACCAGCUGGUUCCAGACGACUCCGACCCUCAUAUACACAGGCUGUCGCUGGAAAUUGAGAAAGAAAGGGUUGAAUAUCUGGCCAAGUCGAAGCACCUCCAGCAACAGUUGGACGAGUUGCGGUGCGAGUUCUCCGUGCUGCGAGUGGACCAGACCGCCGCCACGCUGGACCGCCUCCAUGAGGAGCAGGCUCGAGCUGGAGACAACAAGUACUCCACGCUGCGCAGACUCAAACAGGGCUCCACCAAAACCAGGGUCGCCUUCUACGAGGAGCUUUAA